UGCAUGCUAUAUAUUAUAAUUGUGAUGAUUGGAUUUAAACAAUGUUCAGCAAACCAUCUUUCCAAAGAUCGUUUAUUAGAAGGCUGUCUAAUAUUAAGAUGAGUGACACAGUCUAGUGUGUGUUUAUUGUAAUAGUCUUUAAAAAAUUUAACCUGGAUAAAUUUGUAACCUAAUAUUUAUUGUUUGAGUAAUUGGAUGAAUGAAGUAUCCAUCAAAAUUCAUAACGUGACUCAGAUUAAAGUUUUUGAUAGAGAAGCCACAACACUUUGGUCGUCACAGACAGUGAACGAUGGUGUGGUACUCCGGCGCCCACCAGCUCUUACUCCACUACACCAAACUCAUGUCCUCCCACGUGUCCAACUCUCGUCACGACGCCGCCAUCUCCCUCUUCCACCACCUCCACUCCACCCUCCUCCUCCCCAUGGACCCCCACCUCCUCUCCCUCACCCUCAAGUCCUGCACCGCCCUCAACCUCCCCCUCCUCGCCACCUCCCUCCACGCCCACGCCGCCAAGUCCUCCUUCCUCUCCAACCCCUUCGUCGCCUCCGCCCUUCUCCACCUCUACGGCUCCCGCAUCUCCCUCCCACUCGCCCACCACCUCUUCAUCCAAAUACCCCACCCACACCGAAACGUCGUCGUCUGGAACUCCAUCAUCUCCCUCCACGCCCACAGUAACAACCUCUCCCUCGCCCUCCGCCUCUUCCACUCCCUCGACACCGCCCCCACCGACUCCACCUUCAACCCCAUCAUCUCCGCCCUCGCCCCCUCCCAUCCCCUCCAAUCCAUCUCCUUCUACCGCCAAAUGCGCCUCCACAACCUCAAACCACGCCUCAUUACACUUUUAUCUCUCCUCCCCGCCUGCGUCAACCUCGCCGCGCUUAACCUAAUCAAAGAGAUCCACGGUUACGCCGUCAGGAACUCCAUCCACCCGCACCACCAAUUCAGCAGCGCCUUGGUCGAAGCCUACGGAAGAUGCGGUUCUCUUCGUUGCUCCACUUUGAUGUUUUCGACGAUGAGGGACGAGGACAAGGACGUGGUUGCGUGGAGCAGUUUGAUUUCGGCCUGCGCUUUGCACGGCCAGGCGGAGACGGCUCUGGCGACUUUUCGGCGGAUGGAGACCGCCGGCGUGCGGCCCGACGGAAUUGCGUUUCUCGGGGUUUUGAAGGCUUGCAGUCAUGCUGGUUUGGCGGACGAGGCGCUGUGGUUUUUUGCGAGGAUGCGGGGGGAGUAUGGUGUGGAGCCCGGGAGUGACCAUUACUCGUGUUUGGUGGAUGUUUUAGGAAGAGCGGGGAGGUUGCAGGAGGCGUAUGCGGUGAUUCGGGGGAUGCCGGUGGAGGUGACGGCGAAGGCGUGGGGGGCGCUGCUUGGGGCUUGUAGGAAUUUUGGGGAGUUGAGGCUUGCGGAGGUUGCGGCGCGGGCGUUGGCGGAGGUGGAGCCGGGGAAUGCCGGUAAUUAUGUGCUGUUAGGGAAGAUGUAUGCGAGUGUGGGAAGGAUGGAGGAGGCGCAGAGGGUGAGGAUGGACAUGAAGGAGAAGGGGGUGAAGGUUUCUGCUGGGAGUAGUUGGGUUGUGUAUUCUGAGGUGUGAUCAUGUUUGGAAUCAUGUGUUGAUGAAAUUAGCUUCAUGUAAGAAUGGGGAGUGAAGGAAACAAAAGAACUGGCAGUGGAAUCAAGUAAUUUCUGUCACAAUGUUGUUUUGUAUCAAAUGAAUUAGAAGGAAAAUGCCAUGCCAUGAAAGUGGUUCGUGCAUUCUGAGUCAUGAUGUUUGGCAUUGCGUGAUUUUGUGUCAAAUGAUGUAACAUGAAAAGGGAGGAGUGCAGUGAUGAAAUGGCAGGGAAAUUGGAAGGGAAACAAAAUGAAAGAGUGCAGUUGGAAAGAGGAUGAAGUUGAACUUGUGACUUCUUGUCUUGGUGCUGAUAUGGAUUUAAGUUCUUGAGUUUUUGGGUACUAACAGGACUUAGACAUUUCAAGAUAAAUAUAGAUAUGUAGACACCACCCUUUUAAUGGGAAGAGAUCAGCGAAGAAGAGUAAGAAGAAAGGUUCUUCAGAGAAGAAAAACCCGUUACCGUCGGCGAGUGAGAGGCCAACUAAGGAGAGGAAAACGAUUUCACAGUUGAUAAGGUAUGGCAUUUGUGUUAUUUGAUUAGGUAUUUAUAUGAUUAUUUCACAAUCUGUUCUUGAUUCCAAAUUGUUUCGGUUGUUGCGUGGAUCGUGUAUCUUUGAUUUAGACCUGCAAAUUAAUUUUCCAAAUGCAUUGAUUAAUCUAUUUGGUGACAUGAGCGCCGACAGCUCCGUCGACGGUGGCCGCCGUCGUCGCCGGCGUGUAAGGUUGAGCAGGUGCGUGACCCAGGGCUAGGGGUUGUUGUGCUACGUUGAAGAUGAUGGUUGGGAGAAGAAAGAUACGUGUAAAGAAUUUAGGUUUUAGGGGUUUUUUUAAAGAUGGGCUGAGACGCUUUUGCUCCGCCCACCCAGUUUUCAAUCUUUGCACCCCUCCCAUUUUGUGUUUUGAAUCUAUUUGGGUUUACAAAGCGUACAUUUUGUUUAUUGCACACACCACGUUAUUUUAUUUCUUACACCCA